AUGGGUAGAUUUCGAGAUCUUGGCGUUGUGGAUUUGAACAAUAAUAGAAGUAAAAAAUCGCUUGAAGCGUUAUUUAUAAAUCAGUUUGACUACUUUUUAUUUGACUGCGACGGUGUUUUGUGGUGUGGUGAAAAACUCAUUCCGGGCGCCUUUGACGCCGUACUGCAACUGCAGAACUUAGGAAAAAAGCUUUAUUUUCUAACAAACAAUAGUACAAGAUCAAGAGCAGAAUAUAUUUCAAAGUUUAAAAAUUUUGGACUAGUUGUUGAAUUGAAUCAGGUUAUAACGUCUUCCUACCUAGCCGCCUUAUAUCUGCAGAGCAAACUUGAGGGCCAGCAAUCCGCCAAGAAGGUUUUCGCUAUAGGACAAAGCGGGUUAAUAGAGGAGCUUAGCAAUGUUGGAAUAGAGGUUGAGUGCGCUCAGAGUGAACAUCCUUUCGAUGGUGAAAAAUUUAAAGCUUGGAAACCGGACGACAAAGUUUUUGCUGUAGUCGCUGGUUUGGACAAAAACAUGUCCUAUCUAAACCUUUCUAAGGCCAUAUGCUAUCUACAGGAUCCACGCAUUUUGUUUAUUGCCACCAACACUGAUGCUACCUACCCCUGCGGAGGCGGAAGGCUUGCCCCAGGGUGCGGAUGUUUAGUUAAAUUUUUAGAAUACGCCGUCAACAGAACUUCGAUUGUCAUGGGGAAGCCGAGCAAAGUUCUCGCGGACUAUGUUACGCACAGACUUGAACUCGAUGUGAGCAAAACCUGCAUGGUGGGGGACAGGCUGGAGACUGACAUAUUAUUCGGAAAGAGUAUCGGGGCGAAGACACUGCUCGUCUUUACGGGCGUCCAGCGACCAGAUUCUUUAGAGAAUAACGAGGGGAGCAUUUAUCCAAACUACUGCAUUAAUUCAGUGGGUGACUUGUGGACGCCACCAGACUAAUU